UGACGCCAGUAAUGCUGAGACAGACUCCCAGAAGAUCUGAGCGAGUCGCGUAGCUGAGCCCGGCAGGGGCUGGGGUUGUGCUGCUGCUAUGAGCUGCACCAUCGAGAAGAUCCUGACAGACGCCAAGACGCUUCUGGAGAGGCUGCGGGAGCACGAUGCGGCCGCCGAGUCGCUGGUGGAUCAGUCGGCAGCGCUGCACCGGCGGGUAGCCGCUAUGCGGGAGGCGGGGACAGCGCUUCCGGACCAGGUCAGGCAGAGGUAUCAAGAGGAUGCAUCCGAUAUGAAGGACAUGUCCAAAUACAAACCUCACAUUCUGCUGUCUCAAGAGAACACACAGAUUAGAGACUUGCAACAGGAAAACAGAGAGCUGUGGAUUUCCUUGGAGGAACACCAGGAUGCUUUGGAACUCAUCAUGAGCAAGUACCGGAAACAGAUGUUACAGUUAAUGGUUGCUAAAAAAGCUGUGGAUGCUGAACCAGUCCUGAAAGCUCACCAGUCUCACUCUGCAGAAAUUGAGAGUCAGAUUGACAGAAUCUGCGAAAUGGGAGAAGUGAUGAGGAAAGCAGUUCAGGUGGAUGAUGACCAGUUUUGUAAGAUUCAGGAAAAAUUAGCCCAAUUAGAGCUUGAAAAUAAGGAACUUCGAGAAUUAUUGUCCAUUAGCAGUGAGUCUCUUCAAGCCAGAAAGGAAAACUCAAUGGACACUGCUUCCCAAGCCAUCAAAUAACUGAACUCUGAAUGAUGGCUGGAGAUUGUCUAUCAAGGAAGGAAGUUACUAUCUUCCCAUUCAAGUACUGUCCAUUAAGUGUCUUGCCUCAGAUUUGAUUUAAUCUUAAUUAAAGGUAUCAGGUGGCAAUUUAGAAUUCCAGUCAAUAUUGGCUGUCCACGGUUCUCAGAUGUGUUAAUAUGAAUACAUGCUGAAUUUCACCAUUCCUUUCUCAAAGAGACUACUUUUAAUUUUCAUUUCUGGGACUUUGAUUUAUAUAAACUGUGUUUUCAGUUCAUUGUUAUUUUUCACAUCUCUGAAACUUUGAGAUUUUUUUAUAAGCCAGCAAUUUUAUUUUAUAUAGCAUUGUAAAAUACACUUCUAGGAAAUUUUAGGAAAGAUUUAACUUUUUAAAUCUAUUUGGCAUAAACUCUGAUUUUUUUUUUUUCCAUUUGACAAAAUAAUACAAUUCCACAGAACUAGAUCAGCAGAUUCUCUGAUUUGUAAUGCCAUUCACCUGUGAAGUUUUAAGUCUCUCUGGUGCUAAGAAUUGGCACUUUAUAGCCUGGUGCCUUUACUUUUAAUUUGAGAGAACCUACUGCUAGUCCCAGGAAACAUACUUGGAAAUAAGUCGGCUAUUUUUUUCCCCAGUGAUACUAUAGUUGUCAUAUUGUUCAAAGUUCAUAUUGUUCAAAGCUGAGGAGCUUGUCCUGUGUAUGCGCAUGCACACAUGUGCACUUAGUUCAAAUACUAAAAGUAGCUUUUAUUAAAUAUAAUCAGCCAAAAACGCAUACACAAAAAAUCAAAAAACCAAAUAUUAGUCAGUUUUUCAAUGUUAUUGUAUUAGUUCUAUAUUCUAUUUUAAUGUUUAUACAAUUUCCAUUUUAUAAUCAAGAACCAUCACUUACUUGGAUUGGAUGUCUUUCAUUCCUAGCACUAAUAGGUAGUUGGCUUGCUCUUUUUUUUUUUUUUUUUUUUUAACAUAGAAGCAGUUGUUGUUGUUUUUUUUGGUCUCUUUUCUUUUUUUUUUAAGCUAUAUAAAAAGGUGAGGAAGCAGUUUUGUUACCUAAUGAAAAUUAUUACACUCAUAAUGCUGUGUAGGCAACAUUGAGAUUCAAGUGCCCAGUGGUCAACUGGGUUCACUCAUCAAUUCAUUCCCAUCUCAGUUUACUCACAUUUCAAAUUUAUAAAUUCUUCAUGUUAUACUAUUCUAUUUAGAUUUGCCCAGAAUUAAUUGAAAUAAUGCUAAACCUGUCAAUAGUUUCCAGUAACAUUAAAGCACCAUACUGCAUGGGAGAGACACAGUAUUAAAAAGAGUUUUUAGUGCUUUAUGUGAUAUAAUAUUUCUUUUGUAAUGCUAUAAAGAACUACAGUUAAAACAAAAUCUUUCAAAGAUGUCUUAAAAGCAUCUGAUCCCAGUAAUAACUAAUGGAUGUCAUCUAGAGCAGUAGGUGUUAAUGAAUAAGUAUAUGUCAUUUAAGAAUUUUUCAAAUUUCUGUUCGAUAUCCUGCAUAGAAUUUGACAAAAAACACCUCCAAGUGUGAGCAUUUUUUAUUUCAUUUCCCAAGAGUAAGUAAGGAAACUGUUAGCCCAGCCAUCUGCCUUGAAGUAUACCUUAAGUGACCCAUAAAUCCAUUCAAGAGGCAGUACUUGAAUGGUACUCUAUACCAUUUGGUACUCUAUACCAUUUGGUACUCUAUACCAUUUGGUACUCUAUACCAUUUGGCAGCCAUGGCCAAACUUACCAUGGCCAGAUUUCAGCGAAAAUGAUGAAGUAAUCAAAUUAAGGUAUAAUAUGGUGUCCCUUUAUCUGCUUCAUGUUCCUUUAGAGCUGUUUAUAAAGUCCUUUAUAUCUCAAGUGUCAGGAUAAAUCUAUAUAUUAACUUUUCCCCCUGAGAAAUUAAAAGCCUGAGGUACAAGUCUAAGAAGCUUUUAGUGCCCUACAUAAUAUAAAUUCUGGCUGGUGUUAAUGCUAUGAAGAUAUGUGUAGUUAGAAAACUGAGUAGGGGAGGAAUGCUCUUCAUUUUAAGUGGAUUUUAAAGUUUCUCCUUCAGUGGAUGAAGAACUUGCCUGGUUUGCAAAAAUCUUAGUUCAAAAUUAUAUUUUCUAACAAAAACUGCAUUUUGAGAAGAUCAGCUAAUUUUACUCAGUAAUAAGUCAAAUUAGGAAGUGCAGUGUAUUUUUACGUAUAUAUAUAGCAACCUUGUCAAGUGGUCCUCACAAGAGUCAUAAAUACUUUGUAAUUAGCACAGUAUAUUCAGCAGUGUAUAACUCUACAAAUAGUACCUUAUAUUAGUGUAGUAUUAUAUCAAUGUCUUAUAUAUGAUUCUUAUAUUAAUACCUUAUGCAUAAUUUGAUUCAAACAUUGAAGGUCUAUUUUAGUGUUCUUCAAAAUGUGGUUCCCUGACCCACUGAAAUAGAAAAUUGGCGAUGGAGUUCAAGAAUUUAUAUUCUAAUCAUCCCAAAGAAUUCCUGAAGACACUAAUUUAAAAAUGUCUAGUCUAGGCCCCAUUGUGUAAUAGUUAGCACUCUAAAAGAUUAAAAAGAAAAUAGUCUAUGUGCCAACCACUUCAUUAAUACUUAUGAUUUUAAAAAUGAAAAAGUCUGGUACAGGAGACAAGUAUAUAUAUAAUUAUAAUGCAGUGUGAUAAAUCCAUUAUGUAAGUAUGUAUAGGAUACAGAAGAGGGACUUUAAACUUGAGAAUUCAAUAGAGAUAAUAAAUGGGUAGGAGAGAAAUAGAAAACUUUGGUGCCAUAAAAGCAAAGUAUGUAUGGUAUUGCCAAUAAUGGCUACCAUCUAUUGAGUGCUUUACUGUCUGUCAGGUACUAUAUUAUAUAAUCUCCAUUUUAACUGUACCUCAUUUUGCAGAUACUCAGGCACAAGGAGGUGGUUAUUUGUCCAAACUGGAACUAAGAUUCAAACCCAGACAGUCUUAAGCUCAUUUUUAAUCACUAACUAACUUGAGAUGCCUAAAUGCCAAAUCCUGCUGGGAGUUCAAGUGGUUCUUAAUUAGCAAAAUCUAUUUUUAUCAGUGCAAAAGAAACACCACAGCUCAUAUAUUAGAAAGUAUUAUGACUUCAAUAAAUGGAGUCUUAACUAAUGAGAUAUUAUUAUUUUCUAGAAUGGCGUAGCUGAGAGUAUGUGUGCAUUCAACUGAAAGGAAUAAUGUAUAAUCAGUGACUCUUACUAUAUAUAGGAAAAGGUGCAGUUCUGUCUUUCAGAUCUGCCUCCUUACCAUAUUGGCUUUCAUCCCUCAUGCUGUUUUCUUGUGUUUGCUAGAAAGUUGUUGACUAGCCAAGUGUCAUGCCCAUGUUGAAGGCAAGGAAGAAAAAAUGGAAAUGGCCUGUGCCAGCUAUAUAUAUAUCCCCUUUUAUGAGGGAAAGCAAAGCUUUCCCAGAAAUUCCAAAUGGAUUCCCCCUUGACUUACUUGCCUGACCAGUUAAAUGGCCACUGGUACCUGCAAAGAAAGCAGAGUACAUAGCUGUCCCAAAUAAAAUCAGUAUUAGCAAGAAGAAAGAAUAUUGAGAAAGCAACUAACAGUGUCUGUGACUGUUACAUGUCUGUGACUGUUAACAUUGUCAAGUCCUUUCCCCUUGAAUAUAGUUUUGGAAGAAUUAGCUGAAGAAGUAUGUUGAUAUUGAAUGGCCAAGAGAAUGGGCUGUAGCAGACAUCUGUCAUUUCUCUUUUAGCUGCCCAAUAUCCUAAAUCCUGUGUUUAGGGAAUCCCUCACCUAAUAAGGCAGAGCAUUCCUCCCUCCUAAAGAAUUUGAAAGUACCAGGUAAAUGUUUUAUCAGCCUCCUUUGCAGCUAGGGAAGAAACAUCUGCCUUCAACUUUAAAGUUAGUGAUACAAAGAAGCAGGGAACCAUGCAGAUUCCUUUGAAGAUGGUGACUAACAACACUACUGCAUUCAUCUCCACAGAGGAGCAGCAAAAGUGGUUUAAUGAUAACCUCUAAUUCUUUUUUUUUUUUUUUUGGCGGGGGGGGGGACAGUCUUGCUCUGUUACCCAGGCCGGAGUGCAGUAGCACUAUCUCAGGUCACUGCAACCUCCACCUCCUGGGUUCAAGCAAUUCUGCCUCAGCCUCCCAAGUGGCUGGGAUUACAAGUGCCCACCACCAUGCACAGCUAAUUUUUGUAUUUUUAGUAGAGAUGGGGUUUCUCCAUGUUGGCCAGGCUGGUCUCAAACUUCUGACCUCAGGUGAUCCGCCCACCUUGGCCUCCCAAAGUGCUGGGAUUACAGGUGUGAGCCACCGCGCCUGGCCCGUAACCUCUAAUUCUUGUUUGUUGGCUGUCCUAGAGAACCUGAGAAUUACUUUUAAUAAAAUCAUUUUUUUGUUGUUAUUAAAACUAACCUGAAUUGCCUAAAACCAAGAACUCUGCUUGAUAAAAUAAGCAUAGUUUUAGGAACAGCCAUGCAGAUAUAAAUUUUAUCAACAUUUUAUACAUAAUUUUGGACUUAUAUUUAAAUGUAAUAUUUGAUGCUUAUAAAAGGGUAAAUGUGGAAUGCAAAUAAAUUAUCAAGCAUAAUAACUCAUCACCUAACUUAAGAAUGAUAACAUUACGAGUGCUUGUAUUUUAUCUAUUUUAGCUCUUUUCCUAUCUUUGCCCACCCCCCUGCUCGCUUUUUAAUAGUUUUAUUCACAUGUAGAAAGACCUAAAAUACAUAUGUAUCCCUAAAGUGACUUAUUUUUUAGUUUUCUUUUUUUUUGAACGUCAAAAGAAUUGUAUCAUACUCUUAUGUAGUCUAAGGAUUUUUUUUUUCACUCAACAUGUCUCUAGAAUUUAUACGUUUUGUUGUUUUAUAGCUGUCAUUUUCAUUGAUACAUAUUUCUUUGUUGGAUUAUACAACAUAUUGUUAAGGAAUACAUACAUAUAUAAUAAAUUAUACAUUUUUUAAAAAA